UUAGAACGAAUGUGUCUGUUCACGAACAGCAAACAUAGAAGCAUUCCGUGACAACUGAAACAAAAUGUGUUGUCAUCCCUUCGUAAACGAUUAAAUCAGGAGUUUUAUUGACAAUUACUUUAUAUGAGUGUAUAGCAGAUUUCCAUUGUGAAUUAAAAGUAAGAAAAUCUACCGAAAAUGUUAAAGUGUGAAUAAAUUAAACUGUACCGUCUUCGGACGGCACAUCUUUCGGCAAUCUUCAUUGGCAUGGAAGUAAUACACUCGGAAAAUAUAAAGACACGGAGGAAGGUGACAUACACUAGCUGAUAUUGAAGAAAAACUCUGAUAUUUCUGAAAGCUCAAGAUGAAGCGGAAUUUCUCAAUAUCAGUUGACAUGUCCAAGCUGAAGAACAGGCGUGCCCGACAUGACGAGCAUUACCAGCCCACCGAUAUGGAACACAUCGCAAACAUGCUCACCCAUGGGAUAUGUAUAAUUCCGAGCCUGUAUGGUCUGAAAACCAUGCACGAGAGAGCCUCUUCCCCGACAGAAGUUAUUGCACUCUUAAUUUAUGGCAUGGCACUCUUCUUUUUGUUCACAACAUCUACAUUAUAUCACUCAUUGUCGUUUGCUGGUGCAAAAGGACUUCUGAAGCACUGUUUCCACAUGGGUGACCGGGCUGUGAUCUAUGUAUUUAUUGCUGCCUCUUACACACCAUGGCUUCUGUUGAAGGAUUUCGGGGGAGUGAGCCAUUUCUUCAUGUGGCUGGUGUGGGUGAUGUGUGUACUGGGCAUACUAUACCAGUUCUUGUUUCACAGCAAGUACAAAUCUUUGGAAGUUAUUUUCUAUCUGAUGAUUGGAAUAUGUCCAGCCUACGCGAUCACUCAUAUGACUGAUCCCUCAGGUGUUCAAGAGCUAGCCAUUGGUGGGAUAAUAUACGUCUCGGGAGUUGUAUUCUUCAAGUGCGAUGGAAUCAUUCCUUUUGCUCACGCCAUUUGGCACUGUUUUGUUUUCUUGGGAGCGUUCUCUCACUUCUAUGCCAUCAAUACCUACUUGGUAGGUAAGCACGGUGCAACCCAGGGUAGUUUUGUCAGUAAUACUGCUUAAUUGCAACAACAUUAAUUUUUACUUUCAAUUUAUAAUAUAAAAAUGAUUGGAAACAAGUUUCAAUGAUAUUAUUUAUUAUUUUUGCUGUAUAAGUGAUUUAAUACUCAAUAUAUAGCAAGCAACUUUUAUAAAGAUAUAUAUUUUUGUAUUGAAAUUAAGUAAACUAUUUUGUUUUUAGUAAAAAAUGAAAUGUUUAUAUGAUUUGCCCUUUGGGAUUUAAGUCAUCCAUUUCUGGCAGUCAAAGGCUAUUGAAAAUGCCUUCUAGUCUGCGCUGUUUCCUAGAAGUUGUAGAAGUAAAUGAUGUUGUUCUAUUGUAAAUCGUAAAAAAAUAUAAAUAUUUUGUCGGAAAUGAGUGUACAUGUACCUCCAUUUUGGUUGUUGCAAUAAUAUACAAUGUUUCAUACUCGUAGUUCUAUACAUGGUGUUUAUGUUACCUUUUAUUAUCUGACAAACAUCUACAAAAUUACCAUGACAAUGGCUCUAUAGAAUUUAUAUUGAUGGUAUAACUGUUACUGUAAGAAUGACAUUGUCUAAUGCAAUAUAACAGUUAAAGGAAAGUAUGAAAUUGAUAUCAAUAUCUCACAGUGGAUACUACUUUACAUUUAAAUAUUGAGACUGUUGGAGACCAUGGGAGGGGGGGGGGGGAUAUUUAUUGUUAUGUCUUGCUAUAAUUGUAUACACAUUUUUUGUAUUGUUUGAAUUCUUGAAAUUCUCUUUUUAAUUCCAUUGUAGAUCUUUAAUAUUUAAAGUGCUAGUAUUUAGUUUUUCAGUGUAGGUGAUAAACGUGUAUACAUAAUGGUAUAUUAUUUAUUCAUAUGUUUACUAGUUCAGUAUUUUGUAACUGAAAAGCAAUCAAAUUAUAUGUGUGUCUGACCUUAAUUGUUGAUUUAUCUGUUUUUCUAUCUUGUAUAUUAAAACCUACCUAGGCAUGGAAAUCGUGAUUGAAUUUGUUGUUGCAGCAUCUCCGUCCUCUUAAUUAUCUUUAAAAUGAUCCUUUAUUUCUCUGGCCCCUACCAAAAUGCUUCAAAAUAUUGAUGUUUUACUAAACAUCUGUCUGUUUUGAGGAUUUUGUUCCUAUAAUGAAACCUUAUCUUGAACAUAUACCAUGGCUUGGAUUUGGAAAUUUAUAUUUUUUUAAAUCCUCUUUUCUUCUCUUUUGCAUUAUGUGCACACACUUUAGAUUAUUUAAUACAAAAAAAAUGUCACUAGGGGCCGAUUUUUCCUUAUAUCAAGCCUUUAAUGAUAGUUUAAACUCAGAAGAGCAGCUUAAGAUCGUUAAGGAUCUCUUGUAAUUAACUUCAUGGUCUGUACAUGUAGCUUCAAUUGUUAUUGAUUUGUACCUGAAACAAGUACUUCUGAGUAUUCCUGACAACCGAGAAUGUGCUGUCUGAUGAAAUCUGCCUUUCGGUACUCUCUUUGAUAAUUACAAUAUACUUCUACCAAUUACCAGUACAUAUUUUAACAGUAAAUACUGUACCUUUUGGGGCUCAACCUACAUCAUAGGACAGGCUUCUUUAAAUUGUAUGUUUCCUUAUAAAGUACAGAUGAAAUUUAAGUUUUUUCACAUAAUUUGUUUGUUCAUUUCACAGCUGUUUUUAAAUCCAAGUUAAUUGGAUUUUGGUACUGUCUCAAGAAAAAAAGUUAAUAAAUUCGUAAGGUGAGCAAUAAUGCGUUGAUUAAAUGUUUGCCAAAUAUAUUGUUUUUGAAGAACAUUUAGUUUAGGCUGUAUCUUUGUAAAAUGUUUCAUCUUUUGUUGUAAUUAUAGUGUUGUUUAUGCAAACAAUGGAAUGUAGCAAUACUUUUAUUCCUGUAUGUGUAUAAAGACAUUGCCUGUUUGGUGUUAUUAAUCAGGCAUUGGUAGAAUAUGCAGCGCCUUUGGAACCAAAGUUUCCUCAUAAAUACCGAAUUGAAGAAAGAUCAUUAAUUAAAAAACAUUUAAAUUGUUUUGUUAAUGCUGGAUUAUACAAUCUGUAAAUGAAAGUAAAAUCAGUUAACGUAUUACUGGUUGUUGGUGGCGUGUUCAAUUAAGGCAUGCUCUGGGAAUACUGGUUUAACGCAUGUGUGUAAAGUGUCUCCAUGUGUGUAAAGUGUCUCCAUGUGUGUAAAGUGUCUCCAUGUGUGUAAAGUGUCGCCAUGUGUGUAAAGUGUCGCCAUGUGUGUAAAGUGUCGCCAUGUGUGUAAAGUGUCUCCAUGUGUGUAAAGUGUCUCCAUGUGUGUAAAGUGUUGCCAUGUGUGUAAAGUGUCUCCAUGUGUGUAAAGUGUCUCCAUGUGUGUAAAGUGUCGCCAUGUGUGUAAAGUGUCUCCAUGUGUGUAAAGUGUCUCCAUGUGUGUUAAGUGUCGCCAUGUGUGUAAAGUGUCUCCAUGUGUGUAAAGUGUCUCCAUGUGUGUAAAGUGUCGCCAUGUGUGUAAAGUGUCUCCAUGUGUGUUAAGUGUCGCCAUGUGUGUAAAGUGUCUCCAUGUGUGUAAAGUGUCUCCAUGUGUGUAAAGUGUCUCCAUGUGUGUAAAGUGUCGCCAUGUGUGUAAAGUGUCGCCAUGUGUGUAAAGUGUCGCCAUGUGUGUAAAGUGUCUCCAUGUGUGUAAAGUGUCUCCAUGUGUGUUAAGUGUCGCCAUGUGUGUAAAGUGUCGCCAUGUGUGUAAAGUGUCUCCAUGUGUGUAAAGUGUCUCCAUGUGUGUAAAGUGUUGCCAUGUGUGUAAAGUGUCUCCAUGUGUGUAAAGUGUCUCCAUGUGUGUAAAGUGUCGCCAUGUGUGUAAAGUGUCUCCAUGUGUGUAAAGUGUCUCCAUGUGUGUAAAGUGUCUCCAUGUGUGUAAAGUGUCUCCAUGUGUGUAAAGUGUCGCCAUGUGUGUAAAGUGUCGCCAUGUGUGUAAAGUGUCGCCAUGUGUGUAAAGUGUCUCCAUGUGUGUAAAGUGUCUCCAUGUGUGUUAAGUGUCGCCAUGUGUGUAAAGUGUCGCCAUGUGUGUAAAGUGUCGCCAUGUGUGUAAAGUGUCGCCAUGUGUGUAAAGUGUCGCCAUGUGUGUAAAGUGUCGCCAUGUGUGUAAAGUGUCGCCAUGUGUGUAAAGUGUCGCCAUGUGUGUAAAGUGUAGCCAUGUGUGUAAAGUGUCGCCAUGUGUGUAGAGUGUCGCCAUGUGUGUAAAGUGUCGCCAUGUGUGUCAAAUGUCGCCAUGUGUGUCAAGUGUCGCCAUGUGUGUCAAGUGUCGCCAUGUGUGUAAAGUGUCGCCAUGUGUGUAAAGUGUCGCCAUGUGUGUCAAGUGUCGCCAUGUGUGUCAAGUGUCGCCAUGUGUGUAAAGUGUCGCCCAAGAUUAGCCUGUGAAGUCUACUGUGGCAUAUAAGGGACAACACUUUCUGCUUAAAAUGGAUUUUUGCUAAAAUAAGACCUUUAAAAGAAGAAUACAAUAAAACGGUAUUUUGUGGUCCUUUAUUAGCCUCUGGAAUGUACAGGCUAAUCUGGGAUGACACUUUAUGCGCAUCGUUUUACAACAACGGGGCUAAAUUAUUAUAAAUAUCAGUAGGAUGAUUUAGUACUAAGUGAACAAUCUCGUUGUAAUUCUGUUUCUCAAUUCUAGUAUGCCUCACUGUAUGUUUUUUCCAACUCUUAUUUUGUAUUAUUAUUAUAUUAUUAAAUAGUGACCAGUAGGUUAGUAUUGAAUCCAGACAAGUUUAUUCAGCGAAGCUUGGAAAACUAGUACCAUAAAUCUUUGCGAGAAUUUUAUGGAGGAAAAAAAAAUUGGGACAAAAAGGUCUGCACAUUUUUUACUAUCGUCGAUUGUCUGUAAUUAUAAGGUACCAUAGACGGAAAAGAUAACAUUGGCAUUUGUUGUAUGAAUAGGUUUUUAAAACUACCAUGACAUUACCAAUAUGGUAGAACUGACACAUGAUUGCAAUAUAUAAUAUUACUUUUGUAUUUACAUAAUAUGUAUUAUUUUUAUAGAAUGCUGUAUCCUUACCCUAUCUUUCUUAUUAUUGUUAUGUGACAUAGUGUUACAUAGUGUUUAAAAUAUUUAUAAGAUUUUAUCACUGAUUUAUUUUAAUAUAUAAAGCUUAUAUAUUUAAUACUCCUGUUUCUGAAAUAAAGUGUUGUUGCAAAAA